CACAGCCACAGAGCUUUUGAGAGCUUCCAGGGGUGGCGGUUCCCCCGCAGCCCCGCAGAACGCGUGCAAAGCGCCAGGUCGGCUGCUGAGGCAUUUGCUCCCAGUUUGCUCCCGGUUUGCUCCCGGUUUGCGCCUUGCCACCAAACACCCGAACGGGCACGGAGCCCGCCGCGGCCCCGGGCUGCCGGCACCUCGUGUGCGCCGCCCGUGACGAGCGGGGAGGGGCCGGGCCAGCUCCGGCCCUUACAGCGGCUCCGAGCGACGGACGGACCGACGGCCAGCGGCGGCAUGGCCAUCCCCUGCGUGCAGCUCAGCAACGACACGAAGAUACCCGCCCUGGGGCUGGGCACCUGGCAGGCUCCUCCAGGAAAGGUGGAAGAGGUGGUGAAGUUUGCUAUUGACGCCGGCUACCGCCACUUCGACUGUGCCUAUUUCUACCAGAAUGAAAAUGAAAUAGGGAAUGCAGUCCAGCAGAAGAUCAAGGAGGGAGCUGUGAAACGGGACGAGCUCUUCAUUGUUACUAAGCUGUGGAACACGUUCCAUGAGAAGUCCCUGGUUAAGGAAGGACUCCAGAAGAGCCUUGCUGCACUCCAGCUGGACUACCUCGACCUCUACCUGAUGCACUUCCCGAUGGGAUUCAAGGCUGGUGAAGAGCUGCAUCCUCUGGAUGACAAGGGUCACAGUAUUCCCAGUGACACAGAUUUUCUGGACACGUGGGAGGCCAUGGAGGAGCUGGUGGAUGCUGGCCUGGUAAAAGCCAUUGGUGUCUCCAACUUUAACCAUGAGCAGAUUGAAAGAAUCUUGAACAAGCCAGGACUGAAGCACAAGCCUGUAAUGAACCAGGUAGAAUGUCAUCCAUACCUGACCCAGGAGAAGCUGGUCAAGUACUGUAAAUCCAAAGGGCUUGCUGUGACAGCAUACAGCCCCCUGGGCUCUCCUAACCGCCCAUGGGCUAAGCCAGGGGAGCCCACGCUUAUGGACGACCCCAAGAUUAAAGACAUUGCAGCUAGACACCAUAAAAGCCCUGCGCAGGUCCUGAUCCGCUUUCUGGUCCAGAGAGACAUCAUUGUCAUUCCCAAGUCUGACAAACCCCACCGUGUUGUGGAAAACAUGAAGGUGUUUGACUUUGAACUGUCCAAAAAGGAGAUGGAUGUCAUCCUCAGCUUUAACAGGAACUGGAGGGCAGUUCCAGUGAUGCAGGCUGUCAACCACAAGGACUACCCAUUCAAAGCAGAGUAUUAAAUGCAGGUGGUUCCUGCAGGACCUCCAUUUUACUCCUUCCAGAUUAGAUGUGCUCUGCAACUUGAUCUUCGUUACUUGAUAAUCGUUAUGAGCAGUUACUUUUUCCUCCUUUUUUUUUAAGGAGAAGACCACUAACUGAUAAUGCAGCAAUAAGGGUGGGGUUUUUGUAAAGAUGCUUAACAGAAAUCUGGUUUUGAUUAGUAGUCAAUGUAGACAAUGUCUUUUCCUUUCCUUUUUAUCUGGUCUUCCUUAAUUAGAGACAUGCUUAACAAAAAAACAGGGAUUUACAUGGAGUUUUUUAUAUGUUACUUCCAGUGUGGUCAGUCAUACUGGCUCAUGAGUCACUGUCAAAGAAUGCUCUAAUUACAUUGCUUUUUAUAUAUUUGUGAUUUUCAUAGUGUAUUUCCAAUGCUUUAAAAAUUUAUAUGAAUAAAGUUUAUUAGCCACAAAAGUU